CGGGAAUGUGGACAGAGAACUUCCUUAUGGCAGCAGGGUGGAGACUCUGGAGGAGUCCUGUUUUAAUCACUCUCACUUCCCUGUUGGCAUAGUGUGGAGGACAGCAGAUAGCAAGACAGAGCUGAGCACUGACUGAACUCACCUGCCUCUCAUUCAGGAGCAAAAGUCUUCAGCAUGCUUUACACCGAGUUACUACAGCUGUGGGACGAGUCGGUGCAGGCAGUGGAUGCCAAGAACUGGCAAGGAGCUCUGAACAAACUCGAGCAGAUUAGUGAACCCACAUCUCGCACCCUGUUCAACGCUGCCUCAGCUCACCUGGCUCUGGGACAGUUGGCCCUGGCCAUGAGGGCUUUAGACCUCACCAUUGCCAAGGAUGAACGUCUUGCUAUUGGCUUCUUCCAGAGGGCAGCAGUGAUGAUGCAGAUUGACAGGCAGUUGGAGGAGGCUCUGUCAGACUGUAUCUGGGCACAGAAGCAUAUGAGAGGAAACAUGGUCAUUGACUACAGACAGCUGGGACUGAGAUAUAAACUCUACAGCUGGCAGGUUUUAUAUAAUGCAGCAGCUGUGUACUGUCGGAUGGGCCAGUGGGAGCAGGCCAGUGAGGUCCUGCUGUCAGCCUCUCAGGAGAAAGGAGGAGGUCGAGGAGGAAACAUAGAGGCAGCUUUGGACAGUGUCCUGAGAAAGGAUGUCCUGGCUCCUCUCUUGGUGCCUGAGGGUGUGGUGUUUCGUCCCAGGAAACAGGAUGUGGAACAGCUGCAGCAAAGAGACUUCUUGGGCAAAGCAAAGGUGAUAUCCUCCAUGAUUCCUAAUGAUGAUUUUGGAGGCUUUGAACCUCUGAGGCUGCAGAAACCAGGUUUCUAUGAGCCCAAGGUGAACGGAGCUCAGGAUUCUCGAUAUAUGCGUGUGCGGGUCCCUUACAUGGCUCGGGGCCCUGGACAGCUGACUGCACCGGGAGGGGCAAUGGUGUUUCUAUUUGGGGAGGAGGACAGGGACGGGAUGGCAACUGUCAUAUAUGAUGGACAGCGAGGAUGUCUACCAAUGUCCCUACUUGAACCGGCAGAUGUCAAGACAUCCAAAGGCAAAAAGGAGAAUAGAUUUCCCAGUGGGAUCCCCCUCCCACCAGGACUCAAGCCACCCAGUCGUCCACAGGCCCAACCCAGCCCUGCAGCUCCACCUCAGGUACGUUUUACCUCAGACACUCCACCUCCAUCCUACACUUCUGCCACCCACGUGCUGCUGCCAGCCUCAGAGCCUCCCCAGUACACAGCAAACACAGCCAGCGACCAGCAUACCAGUUCACCUCAGGUAGACGAGGUGGGCUCUGUGGUGGUGAAGGUCCACUACACGUACAGUGUGGCUCUGUCUGUCCCUCUGGACACACUGUAUCAUGAACUGAAGGAACAAAUUGCACAGAAAUUGGGCCAGCCUGCAUCUCAGCUGCGCCUCAGACAUAAACCGCAUGGCUCCCAGGUGCUGAUACCAUUGGGUGGAGAGGAGGAGCCAGGCUGCACCAUACAAGAGGUGGCUGAGGCUGGCAGAGCCACCCUGUGGUGCCAGACAGAAGACCCUCUGGCCAAUCGUACCAUCCUUUACCAGAUGGUGGCGCUCUAUGACUAUGCUGCUCAGGGCCCAGAGGACUUGGAGUUCAGUGAAGGGGACACCAUCGAUAUCCUGGGUCAAGUUAAUGACGAAUGGCUGGAGGGACACUGUGCAGGAAAUAUUGGGAUCUUCCCCAGCUGCUUUGCCUACAGGGAAAACACCAGUAUCACCCAGAGCUCUGAGUUAUAAAAGUAAAUGAGCUACUGUACAGUCAUCUUUAAUAAACCUGUUAACAGUGGAUGUUUACAGCCUCAGAACAACCAAACAACACUGUUCUAGUGGCAUACAGUCCACUCUGACUUAAUCAUGAUUUUAAAAUAUUUUUGUUGUAUAUGGUAUCACUGAAAUGUUGCUAUAGUAGCUCAGACUAUGUCUAUGUUUUCCUGUUUUCUAUAUUCUGCUGUGUUACUAUGAUAUUCCUCUGGUAUUCUAUAAUACCAGAGGAAUAUAUAAUGAUACCUGUGAUAUACCACAUCAAACUUUAUGAUAUAUUUUUUUAAACUCAAUUCUGUAUCCAGGAAUAUUUCUACAGGGUUACUUACUUAAUUACAUGGUUCUCUGCAUUAAUUGGUCAUAAAAUUAAAGCUUAUUUUCAUGUACAAACACAAUGUGCUAAUGAACUUUAGCAAAUUGUUUCUCUGGAGUCAUCUCAACUGGGUGCUCACUUCUAGGGAGGAGCCCACAGACUGAAAUCGUCUCCAUUUCUAGACAGUUUGUCUGACUAUGAACAGAUGAAUAUCUAAACUUACUUUUUCCAGCAUUAUGCAAAUCAACAGUCCUUUGUCAGUAGAUGCCUCUUGUGAUUAACAAACUCAAAAUGUUUCAGUGGUUUGAAGUGGUGAGUCAAAGUAGUUCUAACACACAGCCCCAAUCUUGUUUCAUUAAUCUAUCAAUAUUACCUGAUGACCAGGUUUGCUAACUCUUGACUCUGAUCAGCUUGUGUUGAUGUUAUUUAGCCUGUUUGCAUGAUGAAUUCAAUAUGGACUAGAGUGAUACAAUAAUUUGUGUGUUAUUAGAUGAAAUAGAUUGUGUUGUUCACUAUUAUAACCUAUAACUCAGAAUUUCUCCUAGAUAUGAUCAAUUUGUCUUUAUUAUUAUAUUCUCGCACCAUAUGCCUCACACCUGCACAUCAAGGGGGUGGGACAAGAGAUAAAUACCUCCACAUCACAGUCCAAAGCCUUCCGCCAUCAGUAUGGCCAAAAGAUUUAGCUGUCAGAGGACUUUAGAGCUUAUAUUUGAGGAGAGUCAAGCGAUGUGGAAGAUGUCUCCGAAUAUGAGGAUAAUUUAGAUAUGAUGAAAGUGAAUUUGAAGAUGGCCUUUACUGGGAAUAUGCAUCACAAGGAGCACCACAGGCGGCCGCUGGAGCAGCCCAAGAGCCAGUCACUGGAAGAGCCCCACAGACAAAUUUGUCUAAGAAUGGACAGAUUGGGGCACUAACAAGCAAGAGUAGGACGCAUUUUUCAGAGCUCCUGUGGAACAGAUAGCAUUUUUCAUGAAACAGCGUACACCAGGUGACUCAGACCAACCCUCGCCCACUCAGAGUAAAAGUGUAGGUAUGGCCGCUGAAGAUAUCAAAGCAGAAAUACUAUCAUCCCUGAGGGGGGAAAUCUCUACACUGGCCCACUGGUGGAGGACUUUGAUGCACUUAAAUUACAACUCCAAGGGGUGCGAUCUGAAAUCGAAAACAGCACAAAAGCAUUCUGAACAGAAGUUGACCAUAUGUAAAUUAAAUUACAUUAUAAAUUACAAAAAAUAAAUUACAUUAUGAUGAAGACACCAUGGAGAUUCUGAGGAGAGCCGAGGACAGAGCUCCACUGACCUACAAAUGGGAAUCGGAGGUCUGAGUGUAUCCUUGCUGGUAACUGACAGUCAGAUUUUGCUAAUACGCCACUAUUCCCUGUCUGCUAUAAGAAUUUCAUUUAGUUAAUUUCGUGAACAGGGUGAAUUAUGCAUUAUAACUAACCCAACUGAAUAUAUCCCAACUGAACUAGACAGGGUACUAGUAUUUCAUGGAUGUCACUUAUUACAUUCUACCAUGUCUACCUCACCAGUAGUUAUUAUGAGAGAAGAUCAAUAACACUUAAACAGAGCUGACUUCAUGUGUAAUCCUAAUGGAUACAUAACCAUAACCAUUUGCAACCAUUUACUUUAUACAAGAAUAUGGACACCUGCUGCGAUGAUGCAGAGCUUGUAGAGUUUCUAAGCCAUCGACUGAAUUGACAAAUAAAGACCUGCUUUAAACUA